AAUAAUGUCUUAUGUUUUGCCCCUCCAGUGAGGCUCAGGAGGAGCUUAUGGUCGACACCUAUACCAAGGCUGGCAUCGAUCCUCUAAAACUUACAUACAUAUUACUGUAUAUUGAAGCCCACAUAACCGGCACUAAAGGUAUAUUAAUAUCUUUACAAUUGGAUUCAAUGGAUGACAAGACCAAUGAAUAUCUUAAUACUUACAAUGAUUUUUAUUUGAUUCCCAAUUCAAAG